GUGGCGGUGUCCACUUAUUAAAGACCAACUCUGAUUUUACGACAGCCGUAUUUUGUGACUGAAUGAACAAGAUGGCGUCAGGCAGUGGGUCAAGUAAAAAUGACUUCCGUCGGAAGUGGGACAAAGACGAGUAUGAAAAUCUUGCUCAGAAACGAUUGGCUGAGGAGAGGGACAGAGAGAGGAGAGAUGGGAAAACCGCCCCACCAGUCAAGCGGGACCUCCUGCGUCACAGAGACUACAAGGUGGACCUGGAGUCCAAACUGGGGAAGACCAUCGUCAUCACAAAGACUACUCCUCAGGCUGAGAUGGGCGGUUAUUACUGCAACGUCUGUGACUGUGUAGUGAAAGACUCCAUCAACUUCCUGGAUCACAUCAACGGGAAGAAACAUCAGAGGAACCUGGGGAUGUCAAUGCGAGUCGAGCGCUCGUCUCUGGAUCAGGUGAAGAAACGUUUUGAGGUGAACAAGAAGAAGAUGGAGGAGAAGCAGAAGGAGUACGAUUUUGAGGAGCGCAUGAAGGAGCUGCGGGAGGAGGAGGAGAAGGCGAAGGCCUACAAGAAGGAGAAGCAGAAAGAGAGGAAGCGUCGGGCGGAGGAUGAUGUUGACUUUGAGGAGGACGAUGAGAUGGCAGCUGUGAUGGGUUUUUCUGGAUUCGGCUCAUCCAAGAAGAGUCACUGACACUCUGCAGCUCAACGUCACCAUGAGGACCACCACGCACCAGGACAGGAAACUGGUUUAAGCUCUGACACCCUCUGUCAGCUGGAGCUUCGGAUCAGAAUGAGACUGUAAACACUGCAAGGAGGAGUCCUGCUGCAGCCUGAAGACAUUAUUCCACAGACUGGGUUCAGACUUUAAAACUGGAGUAAAUUCUGUCUUUUAUAUGACCAGGCUUUUAUUUUGGUAGUUUCAUCCAUCGCUCUGUCAGUUCUGAUGCAAUCUUUAAUUCAGCAGCUCCCUGUCAGAAAAAGUUUUGUAUUUUUUUUUUUUUUUUUUAAAUAAACCAGCAGGUCAUAGGCUAGAUAGUAAGACAGGACUUUUGGUUUGGAUUUUAAUGUAAAGGUUCACUUGUCAGUCCCAAUUGAAGCUGCUGAACGAAAAGCUUAAAAAUUACGGGGGUGGUGGAUAGAAAGGCAAAAAUGAGACCAAAAAAAGCUGCAAAAGUUUCCUUGAUGUUGGUAAGAAAAUGACUGCGACACAUUAAAGGUCAUGGAAGUUAUUAAUUAAAAACACAUGAAGAAAUGAUUUUAGCUCAUCAUUUUCAUACAAAAAUACAUUUAAAUAAGUAAAAGAUUCUUCACGUAUCAAAAAUCAAAAAUCCUCAGUUGAAAACAAAAUUUUGGAUAUCAAGACUAUAAGAGUCUACGGUGGACAUGGAUUGGGAGAAAUUAAAAGUACUUAAGAGUUUCUGGCAAGAACUGAAUCAUGAAUAUCUUCAUUUCAUUUUAACUUGUUAAAUCUUUUAUUUUUGAGGCCAAGAAGAAAGAAAAGCUCAAACAACUGCAGUAGUUAGUUUUAUUGUUGAUGUCCAGGAACUUGUCUGUUGUAUCAGGAUGCAGUUUGUUGGAGAAAUUCAGAUUGUAAUAAACACACUGAUUUUUCUUUCUAAUUGGUUGUUCUCCAAUUUAUCAGCUGCUACACUGCAGUUUGUGGUAAUGAACACAUCACCAAAACAUGUUGGAGGAGAAAAGGGAUGGACUACUGACCUAGAUUCACAAGCAGGAGACAUGGUUAGUGUUUAAAAUGUAAAUGUGGGCAUGUCGCAACUAUUCUCGAGUUGAUUCUGUCAUAUAUAAAAUAAAUAAAUUACAUCAAUACUUACACUGGUAAUAUACAAGAGUUUUGGUUUAGCGUA